GCUGAAGUACAGCGCUCGUCAUGUCGCGCAGUGGCCGCGCUGCGAGUGGGGCUGCGGCCUCUUCACCUUUCUGGGAGAUGCUGACCCUGUUGGCCCAGGAGCCGGGCGUGGAGUGGCUGAAGCUGGGCCUCUCCGGACAGGCGGCUGUUGCAUCGCCGUGCAGAACGGGGCAGAGGACCGCGUGCAGGACCCAGGCGGCGGGGCGGUGCGGGGAGCUCGGCGCGGCAGCGGGACGGGAGGCUGAUUCUUCUUGGAAACACUCACUGGGACCUCAGCCUCUGAAGACAUUGUUGUUAUUGGAGUGCUCGGGGGAUGUUAGGCUUUGGCAAGCCUACCUUGAGGGGCUGAAGAAAUUUCUCGCCUUUAGGAAGGUCAUGGAAAUGCCUGCAGCCUGGCCCAUUCCAGAGGAUCAAGUUAGGGGAUUUUUAGCUGUGGAGUCUCUUUACUCCUCCUCAAAAACAUUGGUGUAUGUGGCAGCCUUGUCUUACUUAUCAAGACUGUCUGGUAAUUCUGACCCUCUGGAAGAUGCUAUAACCCGUUGGAUGGUAAUGGGGUUGAGAUGUCAAGUGGGCAUCCUGAGGGAAAAAUAUGCUCCUAUAACAAUUGAGGUGUUACGAUCUCUUUUAGGAGCUCUGGAAUCUGUUUGUGUAUCCCGUUAUGAAUGCUUACUGUUCCGUGCAUUGUUCACAGUGGCUUUUUUUGGUGCACUUCGAAUAAGAGAGGUGGUGGCAAAGCACCGUAAUGUACUGCAGCCUGAACUGCUCUACCUGAGGGACAUGCAGGUGACAGAAGGCAGAGUGGUGUUUCGCCUGCGUAACUCUCCUGUCGACCGGGAGAGACCCAUCAUCAGCCUUGCUCUGUCAGGAGAACCGUGGGUGUGCCCUGUCCUGGCCCUCCGGAGCUUUGUGGCUGUGCGUUCAAGGCUGGAAGGGCCGCUCUUUGUGCACAGGGACAACGUGCCUGUAACGAAGAGGGAUUUCCUGACUGUUCUCAGGUGGACCCUUAGGCUGCUGGGGCUGCCCCUGGAGCAGUACGGUGUGCACUCCUUCUGGCUGGGGACUAUCAUCACUGCUGCACGUUGCGGUUAUCCCAGGGAGGAUGUCACUCGCCUGGCAAGGUGGCCGUGUGUGUUCCCAGACAAGUCAUAGCCAUGGAGACAAAAGAAGCUAGUGGUUUCUUUCUGUAGGAGUUUUAACAACAUAAAUUACUGCCAAGGACUAUAAACUAACAUUACCAUCUGUAAUGAAUGUUCUACCUCACUGUGGAUAUGGUCUGUGAAGUUCUCUUGUACUUGUUUUCACUGUAUACUGUUGAGGGUGGGGGGACUGUCAAACUUGCUAUUCCUGCAGAUGCUUUUAUAUUGUAUAACUUAAGUUAAUAAAUGCUUCCUUUUUAAAAGUGCAGUCUAUGC